CGAGGAAGAAAGCGAAGGAUAGAGCUCGAGCUCGGAGCUAUGGCCGCUGUUGGAUCGCUUCCGCUUUUGGAUGGCCUGGUCUCCAGUUCGUCUUCAAUGGCGGUCUGGUCGGUUAGGGUGUCGCCUUUUUGACUGUUAAAGUAGUCCAGGACCUUCGCUUCGCUUCAAUGUCACGCCUUGUAAAGUCUCCUCUGCCUCGUCACCGAACCAUUAUAAUAACACGUCUCUCUCUCUCUCUGCGCGCAAAAAGCGAUGGCUACACAUGCCUGCCUCCCUCUCUCUCUCGCACAUUGUGCUUUGCGUGAUGCAUAGGUUACUGAGCGGAAGCCGCGCUUGAGUUUUCGGCGAUGGCGGAAAUGAAUUCGUCGUCGUCGUCGUCCUCCUCCUCAUCUUCGGCUCGCUCCUGGCCGGAGGAGCUGGCGAGCCUGCUGGACGACGGCGCGGCUCGAUACGGCAGCGACCCGUUCGAUCGGCGGAGGAAGGCCGCGGGGUUCGAGUCGGCGGCGUUUGACGAGUCGGCUCGGUCGGAGAGCCUCCGGGACCAGGCGCGGGAGUUCCUGAGGGCGUGGGGCGAGAUGCUGUGGGAAUUGGGGAAGGGGUUCAAGGACAUUGUGCGGCAGAGCUUGAUCACCGAGGACUCCUUCGUGGUUCGGAAGGUCGGGAAGCCGUGCGCGGAGGUUUCGGGUAGAUUGAAGUUCUUGAACGAGUACUUGCCGGAGGAUAGAGAUCCGGCACUGGCGUGGCCGGUGAUACUGUUCGUCUUUAUGCUCGCUCUAGCAGCACUGAGUGUCAAUAUGACUAACGAUAGUUUCGCUCCGCAUGUGAAGAAAGUGCAAAAACAUCCUUCUAGUGCUAUCCGUGUGCAACUCCCAGAUGGCAGACAUAUUGCAUAUGGUGAACAAGGUGUACCUGCUGAUAGAGCUAGAUUUACCAUCGUCAUUCCACAUUCUUUUCUCUUCUCCAGAUUGGCAGGUAUUCCUGGAAUAAAGGUAUCUUUGCUGGAAGAGUUUGGUGUCCGUUUGGUCACCUAUGAUCUUCCUGGUUUUGGAGAGAGCGAUCCUCAUCCAGAGAGAAACCUGAACUCCUCAGCCUUGGACAUGUCAUAUCUAGCCAAUUCUGUUGAUGCUACCGACAAGUUCUGGGUGCUUUGCUUCUCUAGCGCAUGCAUGCAUGCUUGGGCAACACUCAGGUAUAUCCCUGACAGGGUUGCAGGCGUAGCUAUGGUCGCACCAAUGAUCAAUCCAUAUGAGCCUCGUAUGACAAAGGAUGAAAGCUCUCGGACAUGGGCAAAGUGGGUUCAGAGGAGAAAACUAACUUAUGGUCUUGCUCGGAGGUUUCCCAAGCUUCUAUCGGUUCUGUUCCGGCGGAAGUUUUUCUCUGGAAUUCAUGGUUCAAUUAGUGAUUGGCUGUCCUUAUCCAUGGCAAAGAAGGAUGAAGCUUUGAUCCAACAACCACAAUUUGAAGAAUUUUGGCAUAGGAACGUGGAAGAAUCAAUCCGUCAAGGCGAUAUAUCACCAUUCACAGAGGAAUAUGUGUUACAGGUAUCAAAGUGGAGUUUCAGCUUGGCAGAUCUUCAGGUUCAGAAAAAGUGCCAACAUAAAGGCAUUCUUCCAUGGCUAAAAUCUAUGUACAGCCAGGCCGAUUGUGAAUUGACUGGAUAUCUUGGUCCUAUACACUUAUGGCAGGGAAUGGACGAUGAAGUGGUCCCGCCACCAAUGGCCGAUUGCAUCUCCCGACUUGUGCCUCAAGCCACCAUCCAUAGGCUUCCAGAUGAAGGCCAUUUCUCCUUUUUCUUUUUCUGUGAUGAGUGCCAUCGACAAGUAUUUUCGACUCUUUUUGGAGUCCCUCAAGGGCCGCUAGACAAGAAGGCGGAUGUGGCUAUCAUCAAGGAGCCAUUGAUUGCGAAUCCCGCCCUAGAAUGACGCACACCUUGCGACGACAACCUCGCUUCUAAACUUAAAAUGUUUUCAUGUAAAUACCACAGAUUGCUCCAUUCUUCGUGGAGCUGGAAAGGCGGGAUCUUUGCGAAAUCUCGGUUCUUACUCGGGGAAGCAGGUGUUUUUUUGGAAGAGCUUUUUACAACAAGGAAUCAAUACGGCGAGCAUUUUUGUUAUACCUUUUGGAGUUGUACUCAGAAUAGCUAAUCUCAAAUCUCCUGGGAUGCACAAUGCUGCAUCAAUUUAAAUCAGAGAGAUCUUAAAAUAAAUCACUAGGAGGUAUCGUUCCUUCAUCGUACCAAGAGACAUAGACCAUAUGUGGGAAUAACCAGACAUACAAUGCAUUCUC